AUGACCAAGCCUCUCGAAUCCAUCGAACACGCCGCCACGCUCAUUCGUGAAGGGAAAGCGCGCAAGAUAGCUGUCCUCACCGGCGCAGGCAUAUCUACGUCGGCAGGCAUUCCCGACUUCCGCUCUCCCGGCACCGGCCUUUAUGACAACCUGCAGGCUUUGGACCUGCCGGUCCCCGAAGCGGUCUUCUCGCUCGACUACUUCCUCCACCGGCCCGAGCCCUUCUGGACGCUCGCCAAAGACCUGUAUCCUGGCAAGUACUUCCCGACGCCGACGCAUUACUUCCUGAAGCUGCUGCACGACAAGGAGGUGCUGCAGCGCGUGUGGAGCCAGAACAUUGACACGCUCGAGACGGCCGCUGGCGUGCCCGAGGACCUCGUGGUCGAGGCACACGGGUCGUUCCGCACCGCGCACUGUCUGAAGUGCCGCCGGUCCGCGAGUACCGAGUACGUGCUCAAGGCAGGGGUGCGGCAGGGCGCGGUCGUCCGCUGCGAGCACUGCAAAGGGCUAGUAAAGCCGGACAUCGUCUUCUUCGGCGAGGGCCUCCCCGACAACUUCUUCCAGCUACUGCCCGAGCUUUACCGCGCAGACCUCAUCCUCGUAAUCGGCACGUCGUUGCAGGUACAUCCGUUCGCGGCGCUUGUGGACCGCGUCUCAUCCUCUGUGCCGCGCCUGCUGAUCAACCGCGAGGCCGUGGGGCCUUUCACCCGUGUCAAGCACGGCAAGCGAAGGGGGCGGGACGGCGUGUACCUCGGCGACGCGGACGAUGCGGUGCGCGAGCUUGUGCGCGCCAUAGGGUGGGAGGAGGAGCUGGACGCCUUGAUCGAGGAGGGGCAGAAGCGGCUGCGGAGCGAGUGGAUGGCGAUGGGUGCGGCGGAUGCAGAGGCGACGGAGACAUCAGAUGAUGAGGAGAAGGCGGCGGACAGUGAGGGCGAGGAGGUCGAGAAGGAGCAGGCCAAGGGAGGGGAGGCAGAGGCAGCACAGGAUGCGGGCACGGACAAGCUCGGCGAGAACGAGCCCCUCCAAGCCAAGGCCAAGGCUAUCGAGGCCGAAACGGCCAAGGACGCGGCUCUCGAGGACGAGGUUGAGGCGCUAACGGCGGGCAUAGCGAGGGCCAAGCUGGACGAGAAGGAUGGUCCCAAAGGAAAGGUGUGA